AUUUGGGAAGAAUCGGAAAAUUUGGGAAAAAAUGGAGGAAUUUUGGAGCCGGCUGCAGCGCCGGGCCCGCGCCCUGGCCCGGGAGCGAGCGGAGCGGGAAUUCGGGAGCGCCCCCCACUCCUUCGUCUUCCCCAAGGGCAGGGUCGGGAGGAGCCUCCGCGGGCUCUGCCGGGACCUGCGCAGGGUCCUCGAGCCCUUCACGGCCAGGGCACUCCAGGUGCGGGCCAAGAACUCCCUGCGGGAUUUGGUGGCCGUGGCCGGACCUUUGGGGGUCUCCCAUUUCCUGGUGCUCAGCAAGACCCCCACCAGCAUCAACCUCAAACUUUUUCGGCUCCCCGGGGGUCCCACCCUGACCUUCCAAAUGCUCCAGUAUUCCCUGAUCCGAGAUGUGGUCUCAGCACUCCGGAGGCACCGGAUGCACGAGCAGCAGUUCUCCCACCCCCCCCUGCUGGUGCUGAGCAAUUUCGGGCUCCCCCAGAUCCACGUCAAGCUGAUGGCCGGGAUGUUCCAGGGGAUGUUCCCGGCCCUCAACGUCCACAAGGUGAAUCUCAACUCCAUCCGCCGGUGUUUGCUCCUCACGCUCGACCCGGACUCGCAGCUCCUGCACUUCCGACACUAUUCCGUUCAGGUGGUCCCGGUCGGGGUCAGUCGGGGGCUCCGGAAGCUCCUCCAGGAGAAAUUCCCCAAUCUCAGCCGGCUCCAGGACAUCAGCGACCUCCUGAUGGGGGAGGUGGCCCUGUCGGAGAGCGAGGCGGAGCAGGACGGGACCCACAACGUGCUGGAGCUGCCCCAGGACUGCGCCGGGAGGGGCAACAGGGGGGGACAGCAGAGUGCAGUGAGGCUGACAGAGAUCGGUCCCCGCCUGACGCUGCAGUUGGUGAAGGUGGAGGAGGGGCUGGGCCAGGGCAGCGUCCUCUACCACGGCCUGGUCCACAGGAGCGAGGAGGAGCUGCAGGAGCUGCAGGAGAGGCGGGAGCAGAAGCUCCUGCUCAGGGCCCAGUUUGGGGUCUCACCUGUCCCCAGGUGUCCCCAGGUGUCCCCAGGUGUGUCACCUGUCCCCAGGUGUCCCCAGGGGGUCUCAGGUGUCCCCCCUGCAGUCCACAGGACCCCAGAGGAGCUGCAGGAGCUGCAGGAGAGGCGGGAGCAGAAGCUCCUGCUCAGGGCCCACUUUGGGGUCUCACCUGUCCCCAGGUGUCCCCAGGUGUCCCCAGGUGUGUCCCCAGGUGUCCCCAGGUGUCCCCAGGUGUGUCACCUGUCCCCAGGUGUCCCCAGGUGUGUCACCUGUCCCCAGGUGUCCCCAGGUGUCCCCAGGUGUCCCCAGGUGUGUCACCUGUCCCCAGGUGUCCCCAGGUGUCCCCAGGUGUCCCCAGGUGUGUCACCUGUCCCCAGGUGUCCCCAGGUGUCCCCAGGUGUGUCACCUGUCCCCCCUGCAGUUCACAGGACCCCAGAGGAGCUGCAGGAGCUGCAGGAGAGGCGGGAGCAGAAGCUCCUGCUCAGGGCCCAGCGGAGGCAGAAACAGGAGCAGGACCUGGAGAGGAAACGGCGGCUCCGCCUCCUCAACAGGGAGCGAAGCCUGGCCGGGAUGCGGCGCCGGCAGGGCCAGGACGGGCCAGGUGACGACAAAGGUGACAGAGCCAGGCCAGGUGACGACAAAGGUGACACUGCCAGGCCAGGUGACAGAGCCAGGCCAGGUGACAACAAAGGUGACAGGGCCAGGCCAGGUGACAAAGGUGACAGAGCCAGGCCAGGUGACAGAGCCAGGCCAGGUGACAGCAAAGGUGACACAGCCAGGCCAGGUGACAGGGCCAGGCCAGGUGACAGCAAAGGUGACACUGCCAGGCCAGGUGACAGCAAAGGUGACAGAGCCAGGCCAGGUGACAGAGCCAGGCCAGGUGACACUGCCAGGCCAGGUGACAGGGCCAGGCCAGGUGACACUGCCAGGCCAGGUGACAACAAAGGUGACACAGCCAGGCCAGGUGACAGGGCCAGGCCAGGUGACAGUGGCAGUGACAGCGACGUGGAGGACCCCGGGGCACCCGAGGGAGGGGCGGCCGCGCCCUCGGAGGACGAGGACGACGCCGAGUACUUCAGGCAGGAGGUGGGGGAGGAGCCCGACACAGAUUUGUUCCCCACCAAGAGGAAACGAAGCCCCUCGGGCUCUUCCCGACCCUGGAAACGACGGAAGCAGAACUGGGAGACCCCAAAAUCCCACCCAAACAACCCCAAAUCCCACAAAAACCACCCCAAAUCCCACAAAAACAACCCCAAAUCCCACAAAAACACCCCCAAAUCCCACAAAAACACCCCCAAAUCCCACAAAAACCACCCCAAAUCCCACAAAAACAACCCCAAAUCCCACCUGGGAGACCCCAAAAUCCCACCCAAACAACCCCAAAUCCCAAAAACACCCCAAAUCCCACCCAGGACACCCCAAAUCCCACCUGGGAACCCCCAAAUCCCACCCAAACAACCCCAAAUCCCACCCAAAGACCCCAAAAUCUCCCUCUGGGGCCCCCAAAUCCCCAAAAACUCCCCAAAAUCUCCCUCUGGGACCCCAAAAUCCCCCAAAAACUCCCCAAAAUCUCCCUCUGGGACCCCAAAAUCCCAACCAGGACCCCCCAAAUCCCACAAAAACCCCUCAAAAUCCCAGAAAAAAACCCCAAAAUCCCAGAAAACCACCCCAAAAUCCCAGCCCAGGCCGAAGGUUCGGGGGCAGCUCCUGGGGGGCUGGAAAAAGGGGAUUUUCCAACGUCCUGGGAAAUCCAGGAAGGGGAAAAAAUGAACUUUGGGGGGGAGGAAAAAUUGGGGAAACCCCCCCCAAAAAAAUCCCAUUUCCAGUGGGAAAAAAAAAGGAAUUUGGGGGUUUUUUUGGGAUUUGGGGGGGUUUUCCCUGGAUUU